AUAGAAUUGAGAAAUUUAAGGAUUUCUUCUGGGAAGAGAAUCAACCUAUUCUUAAAUCUUAUUUUACAAAUAUCUUCCUAGAUAAAGAGGAAAGUUUGCAAAGUUUGUUCUGGAAAAUAUUGAAAAAUCAAUUAGAGAUGGCAAAGAUUAAAGUUAUAAGAGAAUAUCCAAAAUAUAAGGCAACUUUGGAGAGAAUUAUUUGGCAAUCUGGUCUUAAAGUUUGCUCUACUUACGCUCAUUCAAUGAAUUUAUGUUUUGGUAAUAAUAAACAAUAUAAUCUACAAUUCUAUGACAAAUGUUCGCAAAUUGUUGCGUCUUUAUCUCGUGGAAAUGAUUCAAUAAGUUUUCAUCAGGAGAAGAGUAAUAUAGAAAGUUACGGCGCUCAGAGAGUAUCCUAUAUGCUAAUUAAAUUGCCUGAAAAUUACUUUAUACCAUCUGUACCGAAUACGCUUAGGCACCUUUGCAUAUUAUUUAAUCCUAACGAAAGUUUAUUUCAACAAUCGAAAAAGACGAAUAAAGAUAAAGAAAAUCCCGAAAAAAGAGUUAAGAAUAGACCGGAAGGAAACGAAAAAGGAAUUCAAAACUAAUAUCGUUAUGUUAGUUUGUAAAUGAAAACAAAAAA